AUGUUGGCAAAACAAACCACACGCUUCCUCCUGAACUUCAAGUUCAAGCUGAAAUGGUCAAACCACACGGACACCAUACUGAAGAAGGAACGACAGCAACUCUUUAACCUCAGGAGGCUGAAGAAAUUUGGCCUGUCCAAGAGGGCCCUGUUCUACAGGUGCACCAUCGAGAGUAUACUGUCGGGCUGCAUCACAGCCUGGUAUGGCAACUGCCCCGUUGCUGACCGCAAGGCACUACAGAGGGUGUGGCUAAGGGUGCUGUACUGCAGCGCCAGCUGUGCCACCAGAGACUCUGGGUUCCUGCCCAGUCUCUGUCGUAACUGGCUGCCCCCCGGAGAUGUGUGUAAGACCUUUGGCAGUGGAGUCGUCCAGAUGUUCAACGGAACUGUAUUCUACGUCCACUCCACCUGUCCGUUCACGCUGACACGUUUUACUCACAACCGGGUGGACUGUGACAUUACCGUGCGUCGAGGUGUAAACGGACUGCUGGAAUAUGUCGAGAUCAACGUCAACAAGAUCCAGACCCGGAUUCUGUACAAUGGAACCAUCAUCAUCGAGCAGAGAAUGGUGUCCCUUCCCUACGAUCACACCUAUCAACAUGUGUUCCAGUACGGUACCAACACCAAGCUGAGGAGCACUGUUCUACCUCUGUCUGUCAUCUGGAGCAGUGUGGGCGUGGGCAUCGACUCUCUCUGGGUGAAACUGGAGCAGGAGCUAGUCCUUGGAAUGACUGGACUCUGUGGACGACCAGAUAUACCGGAUGACCGUCAGCAAUUGAUUGCAGAGAGUGUUCAUUCAGAGGACGGGUGCCAGACCAUGGACUCCCUCCGCACUAAGAGCAAGGUCUGUCAGACGUUCCUCUCCAACUACGUUGAAUGUCUGCAGGCUAACACAAGCAAAUACAUAACUCUUUGUCAAGAGAAUAUUUACGGAUAUGAAAAAGAGCUUUAUGUAAGAUGUGCGUUCUACAAAGAAAUUGCCCAUCGGUGUCAGACCAGCGUUGCUUGGAGGACCUUGACAAACUGUCCUGAGUUCAGUUGCCCAGGAAAACUACACUUUGAGGAGCAGGGUGAUGCGUUUGUUCCCACCUGUUCCAACCCAGCACCUAGAACCAAUGAUCAGGACAUCACCAGCACGUGUGUCUGCCCCCAAGGACAGGUAUUGAACGAUCGAGCAGAGGGCCAUUACUGUGUAAGUGUGUCAGCCUGCCCGUGUGUGUAUGCCGGGAGGAACUAUGCACCGAGGGAAGAACGCAGAACUAAAUGCCAAACCUGUAUGUGCAACAAUGGCAAGUGGAUAUGCUCUCAGAACAGCUGCCCUAGUCGGUGCGUGAUUGAAGGGCAGUUUGUGACCACGUUCGAUGGGAAACAGUAUGCCCUUCCCGGUAAAUGCGCAUACAUAGCCUCGAAGGGUUUUAAUUGGACGAUAUCCAUACAUUUUUCUGAGACGACGUCCUCCAUCCAAAACGUGUUUCUUCAGAUUUACCAGGUACUGUUUAUCUGCUUAUUCUCUCGCAACAGUGUACAGUUUGAGAAAGAGGAAAUCCGAGAGCUACAUCAGUCAGACAACGCCAUGGUGUUCUGGCAGUCAUCCAUGUAUGUCCAGGUAUUGACAUCCUUUGGCAUGAAGAUCCAAGUACAGAUGUCUCCAGACCUCCAGCUCUAUAUCACACUACCACAGAGUGAAGUAGGGAAACCAGAAGGACUUUGUGGGAACUACAAUACCGAUACCACUGAUGAUUUCACCACAAGCAGUGGUAUCGUAGAAAAUGCAGCGGAACCGUUUGCGUUGUCCUGGAGUGUAGGGGACUGUCCUGUUAACAUACCUAAAGUCUGUAUCAACAUCGACAACGAAAUAUUUGCAGACGAGAAGUGUCACACCUUGAGAGACCCCGGUGGGAUUUUCGCCAAGUGCUACGAUCACGUGCCUACUGACAAUUACCACAAGGCUUGUAUCCAGAGAACGUGUACCUGUGGAACUGGGCUGCAGCAGUGUUUGUGUGUGGCCUUGGCAAAUUAUGCCAAAGCCUGUGCCAACCAGGGCAUCACAGUGGGUGACUGGAGAAGGGACACCAACUGCACGGUAACGUGUGAGAACAAUCAGAGGUUUGACUACGAAAUGCAGGCGUGCAACAGCACCUGUCUCUCCCUAUCCCGGCCAGACCCCAGGUGUGGGGUGGAGGAUGCACCUGUGGAGGGCUGUGGCUGCCUGGAGGGCACUCAUCUGACCGGGGGGCUCACCUGUACCCCGAAGGCCCAGUGUCCAUGUCACCAUCAGGGAGGAGUCACACCACCAGGACCUGUUGCCAUCGAUGGACGACAGUGCAAAUGUGAGGAUGGAGAAUUGCUGUGCUCUGAAGAUUGUGGUUGCACCCAGGGGAAGGUUUGUGUGCAUUGCUCACAAUUUGCCAUAGACACAGCUCAAAAAACAUGUGCCAGUCUGAGCAAACCAAUAAGUGCUGUUCAGAAUUGUACAAGUGGCUGUUACUGUCCAGGGGGCCAGUUGGAAGACCAUAGGGGUGUGUGUGUCACUGUGGACAACUGCACCUGUCAGUACAGCGGCAAAGUGUUCAAAGCAGGACAGAGUGUCAAGACCAACUGUAGAACAUGCACCUGCCGCCAUGCCCAGUGGAGCUGUGUAGAUGAACCAUGCCCUGGUACAUGCCUGGUGUAUGGAAACGGACACUAUCAAACCUUUGACUCUAAAUGGUACCGCUACGAUGGGAACUGUCAGUACACAUUAGUGGAGGAUGGCUGUGGUAGUGAAGCUGGGUCGUUUUCUGUCAAAGUGGAGAGUGUCCCGUGCUGUGACGAGGCUCUGACCUGUUCCCGGACCAUCGUGUUAGACCUGUUGGGUAAUGUCACUCUGACUCUGAAUGAAAUGAAGGUUACGAGACGGCUCCAAGGGGGAUGGGCUUCUCUGGAGGCGGAGCCUCUGUACUCCACCCACACUGUGGGCCUCUACAUCAUGAUCUCAGUGCCUUCUAGAGGACUAACCCUCAUCUGGGACAAACACACCCGACUUACCGUCAUACUGGACGACCGUUGGAGGAACCGAGUGUGUGGACUUUGCGGGAACUUCGAUUCCAACGAGAUGAACGACCUGCAGAUGAGUGGGUCAUCGGUGGUGUCCAGCCCCCUCGCCUUCGGCAACAGCUGGAAGAUGGCCACACCCCCCUGCUCUGACGUGACCAAUGAGGUGUUUCCGUGCCAGCGCCACUCUUACUGCUCCGCCUGGGCCGAGAGACGCUGUAUGAUCCUCAAGGGAGACACCUUUAAGGACUGCCACUUGAAGGUGGACCCAGAGCCCUACUACGAGGCCUGUGUGUUGGAGUCGUGCUCCUGUGAGUUUGAGGGGAAGUUCUUGGGUUUCUGUACGUCCGUGGCGGCCUACGCUGAGGCCUGCAGUGACCAGGACGUGUGUGUCCGCUGGAGAACGCCAGACAUGUGCCCGGUAUACUGCGACUACUACAAUGAGCAGGGCCACUGUAGCUGGCACUACGAUCCCUGUGGACAGAUCAAGACCUGUGGCAAAAACAACCUCUUCACUGGCAAGCUGGAAGGCUGCUACCCGAGAUGCCCAGCAGAGGCUCCAUACUAUGAUGAGAACACAAGGAGUUGCUCCACUUUGGACAACUGCACCUGUUAUUCCAACGAGACUACUGUUGAACCUGGUACAGUUAUCAGGAAACCCACAGAGAAAUGCACUUGUGAACAGGGACGUAUGAACUGUGCAUCUACACAACCCACAACUACAUUCUCAUAUUCUACAACCAAAUAUGUUGAACCAACAUCUACAACCGAACCAACUUCUUCACAUACUGAAAUGACAAUCGAACCAACUCAUUUUACUGAAAUGACAACCAAACCAACAUCUGAAGGACCAUCGACUGAAGCUACAACCCUGUACACAAGUCAACCAACAACCUCCUCUACACGAUCUCCAACUACCUCUGAAUCGACAACAUCUACGGGUCCAACAACAAUGUCAACAACAAUAUCUACAGAGUCUACAACACGUACAAUUUGUGAGUGUAGAGACCUGAAGAGGAACAAGAUAUGGGUGUGUGGAGAGAAGUGGACAGAAGACUGCUUCAAUAAGAUUUGUAAGGGUGGGAAGAUAGAGAUGACUUCGGUCACCUGUCCGAAUCCAGUUCGCCCCACCACGUGCCCCAGGGGACAGAUGGUCAGAGUCUCAGAUGGAUGCUGUGACUACUGGAAGUGUAAUUGUCAUUGUAACCUCUAUGGAGACCCUCACUACAUCUCCUUCCAGGGUGUGACCUUUGACUUCCUGGAUAAUUGUACAUACAUCCUGGUCAAGGAGAAAACGCUGCGUCACCAUCUGACUGUUACCGUGGACAACUACUUCUGUAUUCCCGAGUUGGACGGCUCCUGUGCCAAAGGCAUCAUCCUGCAGUACCGGAACAACACGGCCACUGUCAGCAUCGUACCGGAUGAGUACAGGGUGAAGUCUACUCUGAACCAGAAGAACGUUGAGCCUCCCUAUGAGGAGAAUGGUAUCAGGUUUGAGACGACAGGCUAUAUGGUGUCUGUAUACAUCCCUGAGAUACGCUCACAUAUCUCUCUCACACCAUCCAACACUGUGACUGUCACCUUGGCCAUGGAACAUUUCCUGAAUAACACCCAAGGACAAUGUGGUGUGUGCGGUGGGAGCUCUUGUGUGCGUAGAAGUGGGGAGACUGAAGCUGACAGCUGCUGUGAUAAGACCGCCUAUGACUGGAUUAUUGAGGACCCUCUGAAGCCUGAGUGUAGCGCUGCUCCCAGGGACAUCCCUUGCCAUCCUCCAGGCCAUCCUCCAAACAAUACUACCAGCUGUCCUGGCAGCCCCCUCUGUGACCUUCUCUAUCACCCAGUUUUUGCAGAUUGCAGUAGGCGGGUGGAUCUGAGCCAGCUUGAGAAGAACUGUAGGUUUGAUUCGUGUGGUAGGAACGACAUGGCUUGUUCUCCUCUGGAGCAUGCUGCUGAGGAGUGUAAGAAAGCAGGCAUCUGUGUGAACUGGAGACAACUCACCAACGGGACCUGUGCUAUUGGGUGCCCAACGGGGAUGGCGUACAGAGAGUGCCAAGGUCAACUGGAUGACUACUGUCAUGGAGGAGUCCGUGUUCAAGGGAGAGUACAGGAGGAAGUUAAGGCUGGAUGUUUCUGUCUCAGAGGACAGUUCAGAGCUGAGGAGCACAAGAGGAUCUGUGUGUCGGAGUGUCCCUACUGCAAGGGUCCACUGGGAGAAUACAAGCAGCUUGGGGAGACAUGGCAGUCCAACUGCCAGGUGUGUACGUGUAGCAACCAAACCAAGACCGAGGAGUGUCAACCUAACCCCUCCCCUCCCCCCCCACCUCUCUGCAGUCAGAACUCAGUCCUGGUUACCGGCUGCUGUGGCAAGCAGACUUGUGUUGAGAAGACGUGUAACUAUAAUGGAAGGACCUACAAAGUGGGAGACAGAUGGACAGACCUCGCCCUGCCUUGUGAGUCCUAUAGCUGUACCAGAGAAGGCACUCAGACAGUGAGAAGCGUGUGUCCCCAUCAGAACUGCUCAGAGGAGGACAGAGUAUGGGACGAACAACAUUGCUGCUACACAUGUAACCAGACCUGUGCUACCAGGGUUUCUAGUGUGAACAUCACUGUAGACAACUGCACAGCAACACUACAGCUGCCCAUGUGUCAAGGCCAGUGUGGGACAGAGACAAGAUGGAUUGUUGCUCGCAGUGUUCUCCAACUGGAACAGAAGUUGCAGGAAGUGGACCAUUUUGUGUAG